CAGUCGAGAUGUGGAAUGCGUCCAGUUGUGCUCGAGAUUCAUCGAAUCGUUGACGUAAUCGUCAGCUGCGUCUCAUUAAGUCAAAUCGUUAUGAAGACGAUAUCGAAGUUGACGAGUGCAUCGAGGGGUAAAACCUGGCCUCAAUGGCUUGCUGCCAUGAUAAUUCAUGUGCUGUCACUUCUCGUCGGCCUCGUCAGCGGCUGGACGUCACCGUUCCUCGCGAAGUUGACGGGGGGAAGUGAGACGUUGGUCAUCUCCAAGGACGAGGCAUCCUGGGUAGCUUCACUCUUCAGUGUUACUAGGCCUGUUGGGGCGGUCGUCGCGGCUGUUGUUGUGAACAAGUUCGGGGCGAAAUGGGCCGUUUUGGCGAAUGGUGUCCCUCACGCCCUUGCGUGGGGGUGUUUUUUCGUUCGGGAAUCCGUUACGUCGAUCUACGUCUCCAGGUUGUUGAGCGGUUUCGCGGUGGGAAUGUACUACAGCACAUUUCCGCUAUUCAUCGGGGAAGUGGCGAGUCCCAGGAUCAGGGGGGCCCUGGUGAGCCUCGUCGCUCAGGGACUGGCUAUUGGAACUCUUCUGGGGAACGUCCUUGGGGCGUACGUCGGUAUGACGACGUUCGCUGGCGUCGGGAUUGUCAUGACCGCCAUCUUCUUCUUCGGGUUCCUCCUCUUCCCGGACAGCCCACACUAUCUCGUGAAGGUGAAGAGGGUGGCGGAUGCUGAAGCCUCGAUGAGGUUUUAUAAUCGUCGGGAGGACGUGGGGGAGGAGAUGGAGGAGCUGAAGAGGUUCGUCGGGAGCCGUCGGGUGUCCACCAGGGAGUCGGUUCGACAACUGGGGACACCCGUGAACAGGAAGAUCGUGGGGAUGGUCAGCUGUGUUUAUGUCUUCAUGCAGCUGAGUGGACUCUACACCAUCAGUCUGUACAUGGAGAUCAUCCUGACGGAUCUCAAGGUCGAUGUGGUCCCUCCGGCGGUGAUCGUCGUGGCGGUGGGACUCGUGGGGGUGGCCUCCGGGUUGAUGUCGAUGUACACGAAUGAUCGCGCUGGUAGGCGGACAAUGCUGGCCAUCUCCAGCGCUGGAGUCUGUGUCACCUUGUUUCUUCUGGGGGUCAAUCAGCUACUCCUGGACCUGGGGUAUGACCCGGCUGUCCUCCAGUACCUGACGAUCUCUGCGAUCGUUUUGUAUCAGGUCUUCAUGUGCGUCGGGAUCAUUCCCAUCCCCAGUUGUCUCAUGAGCGAGAUGUUCCCGAGUCAGGUGAAGGAAGUUGGCACCUGCCUCGCUAACGUCACGUCAGCUGUCUUUGCUUUCAUCACCAGCAAGAGCUAUCAACCUCUGGUGGACGCCACGUCCCAGGUGUUUGUCUUCUGGGCUUAUUCCCUGGUGGUUCUCUUCAUGUUUGUGUUUACUGUUGUUGUACUGCCGGAGACGAAGGGCAAGUCCCUUCAGGACAUCCAGGAGAUGAUGGGGAAGCCCAGGGGGGAUGUCUCGGGGAGGCAGACACCCACCUCGAGGGCUGAUCCCUUCGACAACUCAAGGAGAGAAUUUCCGAGGCAGAUGAAGUGAUUGAAAUGGUGGAAGGGGUGGGGUGAAUGACCCGGAAGCUGGUGAUGGUGUCAGUGGUGAUAAGACAAUCGGGGAUACAGUGGGUUGGGGAGGGGUAAUUGGGGUGGGGGAGGGGGGGUGGGGUAAAUAAUGAUUAUGAGGCAGUUGUUUGUGUGAGACUUCCUCGUUUUUUUUUUUAUCAUCGUGUUAUCGUGGUGUGAUGGAGGUUGAGAAGGAGAUGACACCGGUGACCUUCGCAUUGACGAGUGUCAAAGGUCUUCGGGGUGGGGAAGAGGGAGAUCUGGAUUUUUGUGGUGGGAUUCAAUGGAAUUUGUGACGUUUAAUGGUCGGUAUCAGGUGAGGAAACCUUCGUUAUCGACCUGGAUCAGACCUUGAAGUCAUGUCAGGUCGGUAAUGAAGGUUCCCGCUGAUGGUAAAGAAGUUUCGGGAGAGAAAAAUAAUAAAUUUGUUAAACAAAAA